AUGCAGUAUCAGUAUAUUACAUAUAUAAUCAUAUAUAUACAUAUAUAUAUAUUUAUUUAUACACAUUAUAUAACUAUUGUAAAUUAUAAUUUAAUUGUAUAUAAUGCAGUUGGAAUCGUUGAACUUUGUGCUGUUGUACUUGCAGCAAGGCGUGGUGCUGCAGCUUCACAGGCAGAUCCUGGCGCUCUCAUCGGAGAAAAGCUCCGUACAGAGGAGGAUGUGCUCUUCCUUCCAUCUGCCAAGCUACGUGGAUUUGAAGGUCUAUCUGCAUCGGAAGCAGAAGUUGUGCUGACAAUGCUGUUGGCUCCAUAUCUGCGGAUACCACUCCUAUUGGGUUUCUUGGGGACUUGGCAACGCGUGGGUGCCCUCGCAGACGAUCGGCUGCAGGGUGUCCUGGAAGCUGCAGUGUUUGAGCCCGGUCCAUGGCGAUCAACGACUUGUCCUCGGGAAGUGCCCAAG